AUGGAUUCUUUAGCUGAGGAGUCUGAAAAUUCUACUCCAUUUAGUGAAAAUGAAUGUAGUAAAUCCUUGCAUGUUACUCCUAAGAAUAACUCAGGAUACAGUAACAAUAUUGUCCAUAAAUUAUUUAAUAGAGAAACAUUUGGAAGCACCUCAAGAAAGUCUAAUGAAAGAAGUCGAAAAAUGUUUGAAAAGAUCCCACCACGGUUAAGAUUCUGUCUCAUGGAUAUAGUACCCAUAUGUUACCUCCGAGAACAUGUUUUUAUGGGCUUUUCACAGUGUGGACAAUUCCUUCUCAGUUUCACUUAUAGCUGUAAUACUCAAAACUACUUCCGGGAGAGUUCAAAAUUUACCCUUCACUUCCUGUCUUGGGUGCCAGGCAAAGUAGUUAGACCGGUUCAUAGUGUCCCAUUGUUCGGAGAUGAUUGCGUGGAUAGUAAAGUAACAAUCUCUAUGGCGCAGUGGAAACAUAAUCCAGAAGUUCUUGUUGUGUAUGGUAUUGCAGACUCGUGUUCUGAAAGAUCCUACCUUAGUGUUAUUGGUGUACCUCGCUUAGGAUGUAAGAAAUGUGCAGCAUAUUCUCGAGAAGAAGAUGAUUUGAAUUGGGGAAAACGUUGUUUGGAACACAAUUUUGCCAUUCACACAAAGUUUUUCUGCACUUCCGACUCCAGUAUGUAUGAGCCUGUAGUCCAAUUGGCCUAUUCCAACCAAAUAAUAAUCUACACAGACUUCAUACAUAUAUUAGAAAUCGAUUUCGUUAAAUCAGAUCAGGAACGAUGUGAUGCAAAUGAAGAAAAUAAAUUUUCAUUAGACAGGGAAGAAGUUAACUCUAUAGAUACAAAUCCAAGUACGCCAGCUUCGGACGUGUCCGCACCGUUUCAGUCACCUAAAUAUCAAAAUAACGUUGUUCAAAAUAUCCUAGCUGAUUUCUCUGAUCUUGAAGCUGAACCAUACCAAGCAUCGCGACCAGUUCACAUGCCUGAUAUGAUGGGCCAAGAAUUGUGCAUACAGGCUUCGUCAAUUUCACAUAACCUAGUUGAGGAGUGGGAAGGACCGUCGCCUUCUAUUAGGACGUUAAUCAGCCCGCCUUUACGAUCGCCAAGGAGGCGCCCAGCCGAAAGUAUGUCUCGGUUCAAUGAAACACAUAGAACGAUCGCCGAAAAAGCUUACGAGUUUGUUGAAGAAACUGAGACGAAAUGCGAAAAGCUUAGUAUGUUCCGUAAGAGGAGGCUGGCGGAUAAGAAAUACGAGUUCUCGGAGGAUAACAACGAAAAUAUUGUCCCGUUUAGGGUGCUACGAAGUAACAGAAAAUAUUUUAUAGGGUCAACUAGCAAAAACCAAGCAAGGCGUCCUAAAUCGCCUCCUAUAGAAAGUGUGGUUUUGAGGGCACAUAAUCAAAUCAGCAGGCCACCAUCUCCGACUUCAAGCUUGGAGUUGAAGAACUCUGGCCUUUCUUCUCUGGAGUCUGACAGGAACAGUGAAUCGGAGUACAGAGUAAUGGAAAUGUUAGACGAUGGCUCCCUAAAAACAGUUGCAGUGCACGACAACACCUCGAAAACUUUGUCCGAUGUUCCCGUCAGUCCUCAAGAUCCUUAUCUAGUGCAUUCGGGAAAUUCAAAGUGCAGUAAAUUCUUCACGAGAUACUUUGUCGAGAGUGACGAUGAGAUCACAUCCAUCAUCACAGACUCUGAAGACGACUGCAUGUCGGGGUACCACGUGGCGCUGCACCUGACGGCGCACGGCGCGCGCUACGCACCGCUGCAGGCCGUGGGCGCGGGCGCCUGGGAGCGGCUGGGCGGCGCGGGGGGCGGGGUAGGGGCAGGCGCGGGCGGGGGGCGCGGCCGAGCGCGCACCGUGCGCGCCACGCAGCGCUCGCUGGACACCGAGCUGCUGUGCAACGAGGUGUGCGGCCGCCUGUGCCACCUCAGCGGCAAGAAGUUCAUCUACUGCUUCGACUGGGGCUGCCACGUCAUCGACGUCUGCCACUCCAGCGGCUGCUUGUCCGGGCUGUGCGCGAUGUGGCUGUGGGCGAGCGACGACACGGACGCGACGGCGGAGUGCGAGGCGUGCAAGGACGUGAGCGCGGGCUGCCUGCCGCACCGCCGCCAGUACGCCGCGGAGUGUCUAUUCGUGUGGGAUCUCGUGACCGGCGUUUAUAGAACUGAGCGAGUUGCAAUGACUGAAGAUGACAGCCAAGAAGGUUCCAGAGUUUCAGGUGCUGAUAGGGCAAGGGAGCUUGCUAAGAAACUUGGUCCGAUCAACAUGCCGCCCGGCAAUGAGAACAGGCUGCUUACUACGUUGACAGGAAAAUCACUGAAAAGACUGACGGAUGUAGACAACUGCAUCGAGAUAACAAAGAAUCACCCAGACAGCUCUGAAUCAGAGUCCUCUUCUGACGAAGACAGUGAUUACGACUGA